GGGAGUUUCUUUAUUGUUUAUUAAAAAGAUUGCAGAGGACUUGGGUAUCUGAAAAGCAUAACUCAGGUUAGAGAACAAGCCUGCUAUAAGGAAUCUUGUACAUUCCUACCAAGCGAUUCUAAAAUGUGGGAAAACUGCUGUUUUUGUGGCAUAUUUUCUGUACCAAGCGCAUCCCAAAAUGUUAUGUGAACCACAGUGUAUGUGUGCGUGAGAGAGAGAACUUGGAUGCGUGAGCUUAUGGAAAUCCUCAGUAGUUUGUGCUUAAUGCGAGUAAAAGGCCAAUAUUUAAAUAGUGAAAACAUAGACCUGAAGUUUCCAAAGUGACUAGUGGCUAAAUUCUGAGGGGCCGAACUGGGGACACCUUAAAGAAGACUGAUGGGUGCUCAGCACUUCCUGAAAAUCAGAUGCCUUUGAUAUGUGCCAAACUGGACACCCCAAAGAUGAGCCACCCUACAACCACUAAUCACGUUUUGGAAAGUCAGGCCACAGCUUUUCCUUGCUCUUCACCUUGCAUGUCUCGUUAAAGGAUUAUACAGGGAUUUGGGCUCAAUGGUGAAAACAGUGGUAUAAAUGCCUGUAGAGAUUCAGGGUUGGAUAAUUCCAUUAAAUGCAAUUUUGUAAUUACAUCACAGUAGUAGGAGUGCCGGCAGAUAGCUGGCGCUAGCAUUUUGGUUUCCCAAUACAUGUCACAGUCAGGCCUGGCAAGAGCAAUGUGAGACCUUGGUACAUCAUGUUCACUGCCACGCCCCUUUAUUUACGCAGAUGUUACAGAUUGGGGGUGUGGGGGGGGAGGCCCUUUGAACUCAGGGCCCUGGUACACUUAUCUCCCCUUCACCCGUUUUGUCAGCCCCAGUUACAAUGAUACUAAGUGUUACUGAAAUGGAUCCAAGCCCCAUGCUCACUCAACACAGAAUGACGCUAUGUGUCUGUUACAAUAGAGAAUGUUUAGGUUCCUUUCGGGUGAGAUGACUUCUUUUCAAAUGGGACGGGAACAUAGGAAAUUAGGGUAGAAAGAACCAUAGAUCCAUCCCCAGGCUGGCAGACUCAAACUGUCUAUUGGCUGGGGCACCCAGGAAUACUUUUACAUUCCAAGUAUGUAGUAAUAAAUAAAUAAAUAAAACAAAAACCUUCCGUCCUUGAUGACAUGCAUGCUGUGCACUGGUUUUCCAUCUGGCUACCUCAUCCACCUCAGUGACGGCUGCAUUUCAGGGCUUGGUGAAGUGUAAACAGGGCCUGAUCAUGCAUAAACUGACUACCACAUCUAAGCAAAGGGGCUGCUCAAAGCAAUUAAUCGCUACACUCAGCUGUGUUUGCAGGAUUGGGCCCGUAGUUUGUUAAAGCACCUCAGGCUGAAAGAUGCUAUGUAAAGGUAAGAUGGAGGGUAGGAUUUUCAAAGGUGCCUAAGGAAGUUACAGUUAGGUGCCCAAUUCCCAUUAAAAGACAACAAGAAUUAGGAACCUAACUAGGUGCUUUUCAAAAUCUCACCCCUCAGGCUUAGAUUUGGGGAUACCCCCCCUCCCCUUUCACAAUAAUAAAUAGUCACAGUGUUAACGAACCAUUUGGCUGAGGGCAGCUGCCUUAACACGACUGGCUCCUCUAUUCUUUUUUUCUAAAGGACAAAUCAUUCCACUGCCACAGGUAAAUCAAUGAGUGAGUUGCGAUGUCCCUUUCCACAGGCCGCAGCUGAAUAUUUGAAGAAACUAAUGUGCUCUUUCAUGGGGGGAGGGGGGGUUGUGUGCAAAAAAAAAAAAAAAAAAAAAAGGGAAUAUAAUUAGCUUGGGGGUUUGGCUGCAGACAUAUUUUUAAUGAACAGCAGAUUCCCCACGAACUAGCCAUACUUUUUGGAAAUUUUCACACGCUGGUUGCCCCCCUUUGGGACUUCUAAGGAGGAAGCUGGAGUCACUCAAAUGGAGGAGCUGCAGAAUAUGGUCCCCUAAAGAGGUGUUCUCUCGGACCAGAGGACCUCCACUCUGCUCCAAACCACCGCUCUCACACCUGGAGCAGUAGGACCAAAGCUAUUCCAACGCUUGGGAUAGCUUUAGUUGUAUGCUACAUGGCUUCAGAGAAAGAAUUACAUUUCUAUGAUAGGUAAAAAGCUUUGUAGGUGCCAAGCGCCCCAGAAGCAUCUAGCCUUGAUAGAGUCCCAAUCAGCACCUCUUAAAGAAGAUUUCUGACGGCAGCAAAUGGCUCUCUCUGCUUUCUUAUUAGCAUAGGCAUUGGAGAAGCCUGCUGGUCCAUGACAAAUUGCACUAACAGCAGGGGAGCACAGAGUACGGUGAUUAGACAGAAAAAAAAAAUCAACCCAGCUCUGUUGAAAUAUAAAGGGAAAGCGCAACCCUGGUUUGUCCAGUGACCUCUCUGCUUCCUGUACCUGUCUGUUUCCAGUUACAAAGCACAAGACACAUUUCUCCGCAGCUACCAAAAUCUCUCUUUUACCAGCUCUUGCUCAGUUUAGCCCCAAAGUCUGUUUUUUGGGGGAGGGGGGCGCUAAAUUCCAGCAUUCUUUGGUUCCCCUCUAUUCCAACUAUUAAUGCAAAGCCAGUGUCCCUCGUGUCCCUAUCCCACAGGUUAUCCCUGCAAGGAGCCAGAGCAACCUGCAGAAGAGAAGCAGGUGUAGGGCAGCGAAUGGGCUGGGCCCCAAACUUUGGCCAGCAUUUUCAACCCUGGUGCCUAAUCUGUUAUGGUCCCAGAUCCAUAUUUAGGCACAUCCUUAUCGCGGCUUGAGUUUUAUUUCCAUGGGAACUGUAGGUGCUCCCUCCCCUCCCCUUCCUUAGCCCUUUCACCGGCCUCAAAGGGGCUGCUCACAGGAGGAGGGCCUAGUUGAACGCAAGGGGUUGCUGAUCUGGCCCAGCAUUCCCAGGGAAGGGCAAAUCGCUCUCAGUCAGGAAAUGUCAGGUACUCUGUGAAGCGAGAUGCUUAUGUACUAGGCGCUUCACUGCCAGGUUUCCAAGCAGGGCAUCCCAUAAACCGUGGCCUGCCUUUGGGGGUGGCUGGCAUUCCCCGUCCACACAGCCGGCCUCCUCCAAACGUUUCCUGACCCAGAGGUUGGUCUUUGCCCAGCGCCAUCCGCCCAGAAACCAGCCCCCGGCUCUGUUUGCAGGCAGGGGCCGAGCGAGCUUGGCCGUUCCGUUCCCCGAGCUGCGGGGGGGCUUCGUGGCUCGCGUUUCCACAGCGUCUCGGAAGCCGGCGCCGGCUCGCGAGCGGGAGCCCGGGGAGCCCGCUCUGGAGCGCGGCGCGGGGCCGCCUGGAACCCGGCGGGCGCGGGGCUGCUCCCGCGCCUGCGAAAGGCCGGGGCCAGGCUCCGCCUCACCGUGUCCCUUUAACUCAGCCGGGGGGGGAGGAGGCAGCCCGGAGGAGGCUGGGAAGCGGCUUCACUCCCCCUCCCCAGCAAGAGCAACGGGCAAAAGGCUGGUGGCUUGCAGCCGCGGGAGGAGGUUGCUACCAACCACCCCCCCCCCCCCCCGCAGCCCCAGGCCGGCGGGGUGCUGCGCUCGCCCCUCCGGGGCACGGCCGGCCCCCGCGGGGAUGCGGGCCGGGCUGGGCACCGCGUGCAUUUCUCCCGUUGGGCAGCUAGAGAGCGGUGCAGGGAAUGAAAUCCCCGGUGCAAUAGCCAGGAGCCGAGCUCUCCCUUCCUGUUGGCAGCCGCGCCGGACCGGGGCUUGGGAAACCCGGUGAGUGGGUGACGGGCAGCUCCGACCCGGGCUGGACCUUCCCCCGCCCCCCCCUGCCCCCGCCCCGGACUGCCCCCCUCCCCACCCCGUAUUCCCUUCCCCCCCCCCCCCCACCUCUCUCCCAUGGCGGAGACUAAAAUCAUCUACCACAUCGACGAGGAGGAGACCCCCUACCUGGUGAAGCUGCCCGUCCCCCCGGAGAAAGUCACGCUGACAGAUUUUAAAAAUGUCCUCAGCAACCGGCCUGUGCACAGCUACAAAUUCUUCUUCAAGUCCAUGGACCAGGAUUUCGGGGUGGUGAAGGAGGAGAUCUCGGAUGACAAUGCAAAGCUACCGUGCUUCAAUGGAAGAGUGGUGUCCUGGCUGGUCCUGGCUGAAAGCUCCCACUCCGACACGGGCUCCCAGUGCGCUGAAAGCCACACGGACCUCCCUCCUCCCAUCGAGAGAACGGGUGGCAUCGGAGACUCACGGCCUCCUUCAUUUCACCCGAAUGCUGCCAGCAGUCGAGAUGGACUGGACAACGAAACAGGAACGGAGUCGGUUGUUAGCCACAGGCGAGAGAGACACCGGCGGAGGAACAGGGAAGGCCACGACGACGUCCCUCGGAUCAAUGGGCACCCCAAGCUGGACAGGCACCGUGAGCACCCGCCCGGCUACGACAGCUCUUCCACCAUGAUGAGCAGCGAGCUGGAGUCCAGCAGCUUCAUUGACUCUGAUGAUGACGAUAACACAAGCAGGCUGAGUAGCUCCACAGAGCAAAGUACUUCGUCCCGGCUCAUACGGAAGCAUAAACGCAGGAGGAGAAAACAAAGGAUGCGACAGAUUGACAGGUCAUCCUCAUUCAGCAGUAUCACAGAUUCAACCAUGUCCCUGAAUAUCAUCACUGUCACGCUCAAUAUGGAAAAGUAUAAUUUUCUGGGGAUCAGCAUCGUAGGACAGAGCAACGACCGAGGAGAUGGUGGCAUUUACAUUGGCUCUAUCAUGAAAGGAGGAGCCGUAGCAGCAGAUGGCCGAAUUGAACCAGGAGACAUGCUUCUACAGGUGAACGAGGUCAACUUUGAGAACAUGAGCAAUGAUGACGCAGUGCGGGUUUUACGGGAAAUAGUCUCCAAGCCUGGACCUAUCAGCCUAACGGUGGCCAAGUGCUGGGAUCCCACACCUAGGAGUUAUUUUACUAUCCCCAGGGCUGAACCGGUGAGGCCAAUCGACCCUGCAGCAUGGAUCUCUCAUACCACAGCCAUGACGGGAGCAUACCCCCGUUACGAAUUGGAAGAAUCUCCCUUGACUGUGAAGAGUGACAUGGCUACUAUUGUCAAGGUUAUGCAGUUACCUGACUCAGGCCUGGAAAUCCGGGACAGAAUGUGGUUAAAAAUUACCAUCUCCAAUGCAGUGAUAGGGGCAGAUGUGGUCGACUGGCUUUACACGCACGUGGAGGGCUUCAAGGACAGACGGGAGGCUAGAAAAUACGCCAGCAGCAUGUUAAAACACGGCUACCUCAGGCACACUGUGAACAAAAUCACCUUCUCAGAGCAGUGCUAUUACGUCUUCGGGGACCUCUGCAGCAAUAUGGCUGCCUUGAACCUUAACAACGGUUCUAGCGGAGCCUCUGAUCAGGACACUCUUGCUCCCCUUCCACAUCCUGCUGCACCUUGGCCAUUGGGUCAGGGGUACCCCUACCAGUACCCACUCCCCCCUCCAUGCUUCCCACCAGCAUACCAGGACCCAGGCUUCAGCUACGGAAGUGGCAGCGCGGGUAGCCAGCAAAGUGAAGGAAGCAAGAGCAGCGGCUCUAACCGGAGCAACAGUGAGAACAGCCGGAGGGCGCUGGGCAGGGAGAAGGACCGCAAGUCAGCCGGAAGCGGCAGCGAAUCCGACCACACCGCCCGCAGCGGGGGCGGAGCCAGCGUAGUGCGCCGCGAACGGCCCGUCAGCCAGCUCAGCCACGUCUCUGCCACCCACAGCGAGAGAAGCCACCACAGCCACCAUUCGUACGGGCCUCCGGGGGUCCCACCCCUCUACAACCUGCCAAAGCUAGGCUCCAAAGUCUACGGGACGAGUGGACCCCCCGGGGGACCGCCCGUGAGAGAACUGAGUUCCGUUCCUCCAGAGCUGACGGGGAGCCGGCAGUCCUUCCAGAAGGCGAUGGGCAACCCUUGCGAAUUCUUUGUUGACAUCAUGUGAGAGGAAGUGCCUUCAGACUCUGUUUCGGGGGGAGGGGCGGGAGGGGCUUGUUUUCAUUGAUGUUGGGGUUUGGGGUUGGGUUUUUUUGGGGAGGGGGGCGGGGGGGAGUCCUUGCCGAACACUUUAAGAAAGAAAGCUUGGCUGUAUUGCAUGUAACACCUUCCUGAAUCUCAGUCGUGUGUUGCAAAACAAAAAACAAAAAAAAUCCCCUGGGAUUCUUAAAUAUCAGCAAAUCGAUGGCAUCUUUUCUUUCCUGCUCUUUUUUUCCCUUUCUCCCCAUGUUGUUUUUUUUUAAAUGUGAUUGACUGGUGUAUAUUCACAGCCUGACGAGCUUUGGUAAUUGUGGCACCUACUUUCAGUGCAAUUAGUGUGUCGUCUUGGCUGAUUCAAGGCUUUUUUAUUUCAUAUGACUUCUAAGUUUCCAGUGAUGCAUUAUUAGCACCUUUCUCUCUCUCUCUCUCUCUCUCUCUUUCUCUGUCUUACCAGAAACACUGGCUACUAUGAUUGAUUUCCUUGUCAUACGUCUGGUAAAUAGCAAAAAACAACACAAGCAGCCCUGACGCCUGAAAGUUUGUGGGCAGUAUGUAAGAGGGGAAAUUCCCAGCAGGAGGCAAAGAUCUGAUUCGAUGUAGAACCCGUCUUUCCUCUGCUGAGUAAGGAGUAGAAUUGUCUUUCAUUUUGACAUCAUCCUAUCACAACCGUGACACCCCUGAUGAUGAGGCAUGUCCAUUUUUGUCUGGGCAUAACGUGCACUUAAUUGCUGUUGUAAAGGUUGUUCCUGCAGCAAUGGGACAGUUGCCACUAUCUGGUUAUUCAAGGCAUAGAUGCAGCUUCCCCUGAUUAAAGAGGGGAUGCUCAUCCUAUUCCUGCCCACAUCAGUGGCUUUGCUGGUAAUUUUGGCCGCUCUUUUUCCUCUCGGUUGCUGAAUAAGAUCUUCCUGGCAUCACCCUUCCCAGCUUCACCUCUGCUGUGAAUCAGAAUCCUGGGGUUGGCCCUGCAGUGUUACCAAGUGGGCAUGUUCUGAAUGCAGACAGGGCUAGGUAAGGGAAAUGCUUUUAUGCACAGCUCAGAAAUGCUAAAAUCGAUUCAUCUUUCUACCUGACACACAGUGAAAACUGUGUUAAGGGUCCCACUUCCAACCGGCAGCUUUUUCUUAAGCAUCCGCUGUCACACAUCUCCAAGGAUUUCAGUCCUAUGUUGUUGGCCCUUCAGUUAAAAUCCACCUUUAUUAGUAGUCAGCUCUUCCUGAUGAAUUUGAGGAUAGGUGCUUAAAUCACGCUUCACUGUGUAGAAAAGAUUUCCCCCCAGUAUGACGGUCCCUCCGGCUAUAUUUCUUGCAUUGUUGUUGGUUUCAGUGCCUAGCAGGCAUGCAGAAGAGAUGUAUAGCUGAAUACUGCUGGGAUUUCAUGUUCCCUUGUAAUCCUACUGCAGCACUGACUUCCCAAGCAGCGUGCUUAUCAUGUCACGCACCCUGGGGUGGCUGCCACAGCUUUUUCUUUUACUUUUUCUUAGUGGAAUUAGAAAAAGACAAAGGGUAAAAUUUGCAAAAGUAGCAAAAUGACUUAGGAUCGUAGGGCUCCUUUUCAAAAGCGACUUAAGCACAGAGCAGCCUGAAAGUCAGUGGGUCUUAGGGCGUGUCUAAAUGAAGAGUUAGUGCGCAGCAAGCUGGGGCGUAGAGCUGCAGCGUUGCAGGGCGUCACAUACCAACGGUCCAUGUGGAUCUUGCUGCCGUACCCACAAGGUUCCCUAGAGUGCACUGACAUAGCGGCUGUUUGAAACAACCAUUCAUUUCACCAGUGCACACUAGGGUACUCUUAAUGCACAGUGGCAGGAUCCACGUGGACAGUUAGUGUGCUGGAGCACUGUAGAUUUUACACCCCACCAUGCCACACACCGACUCCCUGUUUAAGCCCCUAAAUCCCUUUUGCCUAACCCACCCAUUGGCUAGCCUCGCCCAGCUGUGUUUCUUUAUGAUUCAGCUGGAAUCCCAGCCUAAACUGGCUAAGUAGCAGAGUUGCCGGUAACCAAUAUAAAAUUGCACGAUCCUUUUAGAACCUGGAGCUGUUUGCAACGUUUUUUUCAUUUUUCACCUAGGCAUGAUGCAAAUACUAAUUACAUUCAGAGAUUUUUUUUUAAAGCAAUCAAAGAAAUCAUCCCUUACUUUUGCUGUAGCUCAAGGAGGCCCUAUUUUAAAAAAUAAAAAUAAAAAGUCUUUGACUUUACUGACAAUCUCUGGUGGUUCUGCUUUUAAACCAGUUUUUUACUUCUCUGCUUUUUUUUUUUUUUUCUGGCUCACUUUAUCUUAAAGCAAAAGUUACGGGAUCAGGGGAAAAGAUGGUAGUGUUAAUCUGUUAGGGUAUACAGAAGGGGGAGUGAUUACAGGCUGGGCUUUCACCCAAGGAGGCUGAAGUGUUUUGUUUCCUUGUAUGUCUUUUCAAGAGUUGCAGUUACACACUUGCUGUAUUUUUCUUUUUGUUGUUGUGGUAAGUGCUAUUGGCAGAAAAACUGCUCUAUGUCGUGUUGCCCUUUGCUGCUGUGUUGAAAUGAUUGUGUUAUGUAUUUCUGUGUGCAUGGGUGACUCUGGACUCAGGCUGACACAGUCCCGAUUGUAGGUGUGGGAAGGUGCUCAUCUGCUGAAGGAAGCAGGCUGCCAAGUCUGGCUUUGACUGUGAGUUAGAAAUUAACUUAGUUCUAUCCAAACUGGCUUCAGCUGAAAUCAGGCUCUCACUUAGGGCAAAGCACGUGCUGCUCUGUGUGCGAUGGCAGGUUAUUAAACAAUGAACGGUAUUUCGAAUCUUCUGUUCCCUGAAGAGCCAUAGAAGAAUCUAAAUGCCCAUUCUAUGAAUAGUGCAAUACAUCAUGGUUGCAGUAUAAUACUUAGGGCUUGAUUCCCCUCUCCCUUCCCCUGGAGGAAUGUACAGUAACUCCACUGAAGUCUAGGGAGAUGCCAGGCUGAGUGAGUGGGGAACCAGGAGCAGAAUGUUUUGUCACUUAUUCAUGAGUGGAUGGAGGGAGAUCUCCAAAAUCCUGCCGAUGCCUUUAAAUAUGUCCAAGUUUAUCUGUGCAGCCUGGGGGCAUUUGGGCCUAAUUUUGCAAGCAUAUACUGCCAGGUGGAGUGCUUCCUCCAGAGAGACGUGCCCUUGAUGUCAACGAGGCAGUUGUAAGUGCUAUGCCAGGUGGCGAAUAGUUGACGGAUCAGGCCCUUAAAGAGCAUGUCGUUUCUUAGUAGAGCCCAGGUUAGUUUGUUCUUUUUAAGGUCGGGGAGCUGGCAGUGGUCUGGCUCUAGAAUGUAUCUUGACCUGUCCUCCUCCCACUGCAAAGAAAAGUGAUGGGCUUGCCGUUAAUAGGCACAUGAAGGGGGUGAUGCUGAACGGGUUCAAAUGACAAGCUGGUCUCAUAACAGGAGCCUUAAAUAGUAUUUGAAUUGGGGGGGAAGGGGGGAGUUAACACAAUCUGCCUGUGCUCUGCAGCUGGACUUGCACUAUUAUUUAUUCAUUCCUGUCAACAGCAACUAAUAAGAACAAAUAGGUGUGUUUUGUGGAUUAGAGAUUACCUAUGUGCCAAGGCUUUGGGAUGAUGCCUCCUACUGGAAUGUGAGGGUAAUGCACCCACCUAAUGUACUAACCCAACUCUCUAAAGAGUAAGAUUUUGGUGAAUGGUUUAUGAGCGUCUUAAAGGCACUGCUGAUGUCUUUGACCUCCUGUUAACACAUUUGCUUUUCAGAGGUAAUAGUCCCUGGACACUUUAUCCAAAGGUAUAAUGGAUGGCAAACGAUGCACAGGCGCUGACUUUUGAUAUUUUUGUUGGGUUUUUUGUCAAAUUGACAGUCCCAUCUUGAGACUGACAGCUGAUGAGUUGAUGUAAUUGUUUUUGUUUUGCAUUUAACUGGAUUGUAAUAAGAUUGACUUUAAAAAAAAUCAUUCUAAUCAGUGAUUAGAAAUACAUGUAAAGAAUUUAUGUACAGUAGAGGGGGGAAAACGUUAAAUGAUUUUAAAUAAUGAAAACCCAGACUAUCACCUAUUCUAGAAUUGGUUCUACUCCGAGAGUAACCUUUUACUAGCAUGGACUGCACUGUUCCUGUUAAAUGUCUAUUGCAUAAUUGAAUUCUUUUUUGUAGAUAUUGUAUUAAAACCCAAGUGUCUGUAUAGUUAAUAUAUAGCUGCUUAUGUGUAAAUGCUAUUUUAAACACUAAAAAAGCUUUUAAUUUUA